AUGGCUGCGUGCGUACCUCAAUCAAGAGAGGAUGGCACAGCAGACCUUCGCAAUUGCCCAAAAUGUAAAAAACGUAUGACUGCACCAAGACUUCUUCUGAGCUGUUGGCAUAUUUUGUGUGAAAACUGUCUUGCCGAUGCCAUAAAGGGGAAGAAGUCUAGAGAAACCUUCCAGUGCUUUGUGUGCAGUAAAGAUGUCCCUGUGCCUUGGGAGGGCGUGGCUGAAUUUCCAGUACCUUUGUUCCUACAGUGUGAGCCCGUACCCUCCACCACAGAUGUCCCAUGUAGUCAGCAUUAUGAAGAGAAGGUGACCAUGUACUGUAAGAAGUGUGACACAGCAAUAUGUCAUGUGUGUGUGGUGACAGAGGACUGUCACAAAGACCACCCCUGUGUCAGUGUUAGGACAUCGUUUGAUGACUUAGACAGUAAGAAGAGACAUCUCGGUAAUCAAGUUCAGAAACUGAGAGUAAAAAUCAAAGAGAAAAAUGAUACCAUUACUGAGCUUGACCGCCAGGAGAAAGAACUUACAGAAGAAGAGGAUGAGGCAGAAAGACAAAUUGAGAUUCAUUCCCAGCAACUUAUUGAUUUCAUUAAACGAGAGAAGGAAAAAAUGAAGCAUCAACUUCGUGCCAAAGUUACAGUAGAACAGCACUUUCUUAAAAAGAAACGCCGUGAUGUGAUCAACUCAAGAAAUGGAAUGGAAAUGAUAGCAGAACUGGCUGUUCACUUGAUGGAAAAUGCAACACCCAAGGAAAUGAUGAUGCACCAGAAGUCUCUCUCUUCUACUAUGGCUAAACAUGAAGCAGAGACAAAGGAUACCAUUUCCAAGAAAGAUAAAGUUGAAUAUGUCCCUCACAGUGAUUCAAAGGUCAAGAACACAAUUGGAAAAAUGUCUGGGGGAACAUUGAGUUUAGAUGGACUGAAACUAGUAGCAGAGUUUAGUGCCAAAGCUGCAGUAGAUAAGUACACUCCAGACAUAGUGGCUCUGGCAGUUGACAAUGCCAUGAAUAUAGUUGUACCAGAUAGGAACAACAAUAACCUGAAACUAUUUGACAGAAGUGGUAGAUUGGUGUCAGUGUGGUCAGGUGAUGGUGAACAUCAGUUAAGUAGUCCUACAGGUGUGUGUUGUACCAGUGAUGGAAAUAUAGCAAUAUGUAGCUGGGGCUAUUGGAAAAUAUUGUUCUUAGAUUCCCAGCAGAAGUUUAAGAUAACUAGAGUCAUCUCAGGUUUUAGCUGUACAGGUGCUGUCUUUUCAAACGACCAUCUUGUGUGUGCAGCAGGUGAUGGUAGUUCAGCUUGUGUGGUGAUAUUUAACACACAUGAUGGUAGUGUAGUGAGACAGAUAAGGAAAGACAAAGAUGGCAGAGAGCUUUUUAGGCAUCCUUCUGGGAUAGCCUUGACCAAGCAGGGUAAUCUGGUGGUGACAGAUAUUGGAAAGAACUGUGUCUAUGUACUGACCAUGGAAGGGGAAGUAUUACACAGGUAUGGUAGGAAAGGGUCAGCUUCAGAGGGGGAUGACUGUUUAGAUCACCCAUAUGGUGUGUGUGUUGACCAGUUUGGUCAUAUACUGGUCACUGACAGUGGCAAUGACCGUAUCCACAUGCUGUCCCCAAAGGCUGAGUUUAUAUGUCAUUUGGUCACUGAGGGGGAUGGUCUGGUAAGACCCCAGGGUAUUGCUUUAGACCAGGAUGGACAUCUUAUUGUGUCAGAGGAAGUGACUGGGAAAAUUAAAGUUUUUGAUUACCUAAUUUAAGACAGGUUAUGAAUAGACAUGAGG